AUGGAUAAUUGGGAAAAAGAUAAACAAUUUGGUGUGAACGAUAUGGAAAAUGUGGAUGCGGGGGAAGCAUUUUUUGGUGGUUUGGGUCCUGAGUCAGGCCAUACGUAUGUGCAGACGCCACCGCUUAUUGUUGAUGUUGAGGAUAACAUAGCUACACCAAUUAAAGGACGGAUAAAAAUGAAAUCGAAAUUUUGUUCCUCCGACGACGAAACCAUUAAAGAACAGAAAAGGGAAAAAACACAGAAGGAAAAUAAUGUAGCAAAAAGACAAUUACUAUUGAAUAAUUAUGCAGAUUGUGAUGAUGAAUUUUGGAAAUUGUGGGGAAAGAAGAUGGGGGCGGUAUUUGUGGAGCAUAGACUUUUAAGAGGUAUUGACAUGAAUUGGGAAUUUUGGUCUACUUUACUUGGUAUUGGCGCUCGAUGGUUGCUCCCUAAGCUGAAUGGUGUGGUUUCUUUAAAAAAAAAAUUAGAUGACGGUAGUUUCAAAUCGUUGGGAGAUAGUAUAUUAAGUGAACUAGACCACAUAUCAUAUUGGGCCCGUUUUCCCAAUAGACAGGAACCUACUAAGGUGAAAUUCGUUAAAGGUGUACCAGUGGAGACACGUCAAUCACCUAGAGAUACGGGAUUUACUUACCGUAAUCGGAUGACAGAAACUAUUUGGAAAACUAAACUUUGA